CGAGGAGAGAGGGGAGAGAGAGGGAGCGGGCUCGCGCGUCCAGGUGUAGCCUAGUAAACACAAAGCCUUUCAGAAAAAGGGAGAACCUGCAGCAGCAGCUCUCAGGGAACCGCUGGAGCUUCCGUUCCGCCGCACAGACGCUGCUGUUUGGUGUUUUUUUGUGCUCGCAGGUUGAGGAGAUGCCUAGAGCCUCGUCUCGCACUGCCCUCUGCCACCAGAGCAAGAUGAAGAGCGCGCAGGGCCGAGGAUCUGACAGCGGCGCGGCCGACGGCCCCUUUGUCCCCACGGUCACUGCCAUAGCCACAGCUCCAGAUCUGAAGUGGAUGGUCCUGUCCACUGACAUUUCAUCAGUCGGUCCCUGCAGCGGCGCCGCCAAGCAGAAGAGAGCCCAGGCCGGACAGAGGAAAGCUCAGCCGUCCACUCGCAAAGCAGGCCACGGGGCCCCUGCAGGCCGCAGGAAGGCACAGAAAGAGCAGUUGUCCCCGGAGGAAGAAGAAAGGAAGAGAAUUCGGAGGGAAAGGAACAAACUGGCGGCGGCGAAGUGUCGAAACCGCCGGCGUGAGCUCACCGACAGUCUGCAGGCCGAAACCGACCAGCUAGAGGAGGAGAAAGCAGCUCUCCAGGCUGAGAUCAGCACCCUGAUGAAGGAAAAAGAGCAGCUGGAGCUUCUGCUCUCCACCCACAAUCCCCACUGCAAAAUCCCAGCAGAGAUGCCGGAGGAGGAGGAGGAGGAGGACGAGGCCUCUGAGGAGCCUCCAAAACCUUCCCUCGUGCUCCAGGACGAUCUGAAUCCCAUCCAGUCGCCUUCCCCCACGAUCAGCCUGGACAAAAUGCCCUCCUCUCCUCUGGGCCUCCACCAGGUGCCCAACUGCCCCCAGGAACUGGAACCCACCGGCCCCAUCAUGUCGGAAGACUCUGAUGUUCUCCUGUGCUCCAGUGCUGCACUGGAACCCUACAUAGACAUGAAGGACGUCCCGAUGGACGACCUGGGCUGCAAAGUUGACGAAGAUGACAACGACGAUAUGGACCUGCUGGUGCCCGACAUUGACCUCAGCGCAUCUCUCGGCCUGACUGAGUGGGAGACCCUCUACAUGACAAUGGGGGGCAGUCUGGACCCCCUCAGCACUCCGACACUAAGUCCUGCCUGCGGAACCAGCGCUAGCAGCGCCGUGCCCAUGUUCGACUUUCCAAACUUAGACUCUGAAGGUUCUGACGGGAAAGUCGGGGCGGCUAAAGCCAAGGCAGGUGCAGAUAACUCCACCCUGCUGGCCUUAUGAAGGUCAAAGCUGAGAGAAGGGAAAAGACAGAAAAAGAAAUAUUUUACACCAGUCUGUACCUGCAUGACUGUCUUGAUGUUUUGAUGCACUUUUAGAACCUGAAAGCGGGUCUUUGAAACACCGUUUUGUCCCUGUGAGGCGAACGGAGGCUUAUCUUUUGAAGAAUUUUUGGCCCGUGGAUAAAAGGCCCUCAGACGUGACUCUUUAGAGGAACUGGUUUGGAUUUCUAAGAAAAAAAUAAAGGUUCCUAAAAGGGUUCUUGGCUUCUAGGAAACCAUUAAUUGGCGUAGAAUCUUCUAAAAGGGUCCAACCAGGCAGGUCUUCACGUUCACAGAUCACACUGGUCCUUUAAAGCAGUCCAGCCCUCAGGGCCUCCAGUCCAUCUACACUUUCGCUCUGUCUCUGAAGUUCAGUUGGAGCCGAAAUGUGGGCUGACUGAGGACAGAUAUGGCAACCACUGCUUUAAAGAACUGGUUGAUCACGAUCUUCCAAACAGCUCAUUGGCUGCCGAUGGCGUGUCGCCGGCUAUCGUUUCUACUCCAGGACCACAGCUGAGAUCUUCAAACCUGGUCCUCGAAUCCAGUUUCCGGUCCUCGAUUUUGUCAUUUCUGCUACACAACCCAAAAAAAGACAUCUUGCGAAGUAAAAUUAUCCUGAAAGUAGUCAAGAAAUCUAAUAUUUCUCACAUUGAGAUCAAGUUUAAGAUUAUUCACCUAAUUUCUAGACACCUUUGCCUUGUUUUAAGUGCUUUUAUGAUCUCACUGUGUCGGUUUUAAGAGAUGAGCUUGAAAGCAGCACAAACAUCUGCCUAGUGAGACAUAGUGAGAUAAUCUUGCUCAACAAAGAGACCGAAAGCAAGUAAACCGCGUCUAGAAAUAAGCAGAUCAUCUCACAACGAGUGCAGAAACAUCUCAGAACAGGAAACAUUAAACAGAUCAACUCGAUUUUAGAUCUUUUCACUUGACAAGUGAAGGUGGCCAAUCAGUGGCAUCACAGGAUCGGUUUACUAGCACAAACUGGACUCAAGGUUCGGACCCCCAUAGUACAGGAUUUUGGGGGGCGGGCUUUGGAGGGACCCUCGUUUAUAGCAACAAAAGUUCCCCAGACGUGUUUCCUCCCAUUAUGGGAUCACUGGCCCUACGGGAACCAGAAGUGGUUCCAUUACAUCAUCACUUUAAAGAACCUUUUUGGCACCUUUAUUUGUAGAUUUGCAAAAAAUAGACGGCCCCGUUUAACUGGCCUGCUGUUGCUGGUUUUCUGAGUGUAAGCAAGUGCACGGUUUCUUGCUGAACUGAUUCUACUGGAACAAAAAUAUCGUAAAACGCGCAACGUAAAAUCUGCCUCUUGCGCAGGCAGCGUGUGUUCCCAGUAUGUUAAACUGGGCAAAUGAACAUGGAUUAGAGUUCAACUGCGCCGGCAACUGAUGCGAAGGACUCACUACGCUUGGAAGACCAGCAGAAACGUGGAAUUUGAAAACUUCUGCGCACGACUUUAAGCCUUUUUAUUUCAAAGAGUCGCCAACAGGGACGAGAAACUGGUUCGUAGAGGUCAUGACUUUGUCGUUCACACCGCAUGUGCUAAACCGUCACAACACGCAUUACUGUGGCCCGGUCGUCUCUUCCAGGUGGUGAUGUGUGUAACAUGGUGAUCUUCAUCCUUCUCGGUGGACGUGGUUUAUUGAUGGGCUCGUUUAUGCACUUUUUUGUACCGUGUGGACUGAACUGGUCACUUUCCAUCUCGUCAUUGACUUUGUGCUUCACUGUACGGUCUGUUCACGAAGGCUGGCCCACGUUACGGUGUAUAUAAGAAUACAUAGAUAGAUAGAUAUUGGUAUAUAUUGAUAUUGCGGUAUGUAAACAUGUAUCGUCAGGAAUAUUCCAAUGUUGUCCCGAUAUAAUGUUCACUCCUGGCCUUUGACACAUUCGCUGCAUCACUGUCCACCUCUGUACCGGCCAGGGUUCGGCUCUAUUGGUCAUCUUCCGGAGAAUGAAGAGCACAAAUAUUAAUUAUGAAUUAUCUGUAGAGAGAAUACGACGCUCCAGUGUUUAUGUUCCGGUGUUCUGUAUACGGUGAUGAGUGUGGUGACCGUCUAUCUCUGAUAUAGAGGCUGUAAUGUGUUGCCUGUCAGUGUCUCUCAGUGUAAAUAUCUGCUGUAAACGGAGAAAAUAAUGAUGUGACGUCGGUUUCCUGUGAGACGAGUCGUGCCAUAUUUCAAUAUUGUUGUUGUUUUCUAUUUUUUUAUUGCCUCCGGUUUAUGCCAUGUUUACAAAUGUGCCAAAAAUAAACAAGUAAAGAAUGAA